AUAAAGGUGUGGUAAAGUUCAUUAAAAGGAUACAUGUAGCUUUUGUGAACCACUCCCUCUUGCUUUUUCUUUAUCCAGCUACAUCUGACUUCGGUCUCUUCAGUGACGUUCUUAAGAGUGACCUGGUCUUCGGACCUGUCGGCUCUGUAGAUAUGCAACCCCCUCCUUGGGCUGGACCUCCAGGAUCCAGUGGGCCACCUCCUUCUGGACCCAAUAUGUUCCGCAGGACCAGGCCUCAGAAGCAAGGAAUAGCAGCGACUGCCACAAUGCCUCCACCUACCCAACCCAUGACUGAUCCUUUUGCUUUUGGCAGAGCUCAGCCCCCUAUAGCUGCAGGUGGACUUCCAACAAUACCAAACAGUAACCCUCCCCAAAUGCAAACCCCGCCUAGCACCAUCUACUCUCAGCUUGGUCCUGGCCUGCCUCCACAACCGUCAAUGCUAGAAAAUAUUCCAGCUGCACCAACUUGUCACCCACCAUCCUCUAUGCCAGGGGUGACUUUAUUUAACCCUCGUAGUUCAGCAUCUCCUGGUGUUUUCCCAGCACCGAGUUUCACAGGAUCUGCAUCUUCUAAUAGUGAACAAGAUUAUUUUAAUUCAAAAUAUCAGACACCAACCACUUCCACAGAAUUGCCACAUAUCGCGCCAACACCUAGUGAGACACCUUUUAAUCAGGAAUUUCAAGGACAGCCUGCUCUUCAUCCUGCACCCUUUCAGCCGCCCGCCCCUACUUCCUCGUCUGCCCAGUGGGUCCCUGAUCAUGGAAGUCGCCCUCCAUCAGUUCAAAACUAUUUCCAGCCAACUAGUGAUCUUCCAUUGCAUUCUUUAAAUGUCACUCCACAGACUCAGACGUAUCCUUCCCACAGCCAGUCACCCCCUACACCUCCAGUUCAACCAAGACAUCCACACAAUCAAGCCUGCCUUCCCCCUCAAAACCCUGCAACAUCUAAUAUUUCCCCGUGGCAUGAUCCAAAUGGACCCCAGCAACAAAAAUCACAAUUUCAGAGUUACUUUAAUCAAAGCUCUGAGCUCCAGGACAUUUGGUUUAACCAAUCUCCACAGGACUCAGGCUAUCACCAAAUGGCAAUUGGUCCGAGCCAUUCUCAACCUGUUGCAGACUCUGCAGGAUAUCAGCACGUGUCUAACACUGGGCAUGGACCUAACACUGGACAUGGACCAACUACCAGACCAGGGCCUACUUCUGAUUCUGCCUCAGAUCUAUGCGCUCAGGAAUCUGGUACACUCUCAAUGUUUUUCAAAGACAGUGAUGUGGAAAAUGAGGAAACACUCUCUGAUGAAAAAAAUAAGGCAUUAAAUGGGGUUGUUGGUUUUUUCCAGCCUCAUAGCAAUCCACAAACGGACAGUGGUCAUGCAGAUGCUUCCUUGAAUUACCAAGGAGUCUCUGUUCAAGAUAAUUCACACCUUCCCUAUAUGAAUGAAAGCAAUUCCCAGGGAAAUCCUCAGAAGCCUCCUGAUGCUCGGUUAGACCAUGUAGAAAAUUUGGAGUGCAUCCCAAAUCAGGAAGUAUUACCUAGUGAGAUCUACAACAGUACUGCUGUCACUGCCCCACAUGGAGUGGACCAGUUUGAAACUGGGCCAAACCUGGAAACUCCAGAUUCAGUUCCACGACCAAUGAGAUCUGCUAGUGUGUCAUCCAAUUAUAGCAAUCUGAGCCAUGGAAGUGGUACUGGCACCCGUCGACAAAAAGGAGUUGAAGGCACCUUUAUUCAGCAGGAAAGCCCACGUCUUGCUGAUAAUGCUAACCCAUCUGCUGCUACUGGAGGCUACUUUGAGCAGAUUGAUACUUCUCCAGCUGGAGAUGCGGGCAGGCAACAGAGUUCCCUAGAACAGACGUGGCAUCCAACACCUAGCCCUCCAAAACCAACGGGCAUUUUUCAAGCAAGUGCUAAUAGCUCCUUUGAACCUGUGCGCUCACAUGGAGUAGGGGUACGUCCAUCUGAGGUGGAUAGGGCUAAAAUGGUGGCUGAAGGAGGCACUGACACAUCUGGCAACUUGGAGCAGCCACCAGAUAAUAUGGAAAAUAUUUAUAGUCCAGGACGCCCCCCACCUGGAGCUACUGCUGGAGGUGGAAUACCUCAUCUGACACACCCAGUGGUUCAUUCUCGGCCUUCAUCUCGCGCUUUUGGGGCCAAUCGUCCCUGUGAAAGUCCUGCUACUACUUUGUGGGCUCAGAAUGAUCCCACAAAUUUGGGUGCUAACAUCCUUCUUGCUCCCGCUGCCCCAACAGUUCUAGCUCCUUUACGAGAACCCAGUGCUGAUGUCAUCCAGCCACCCGAAGAUGGUCCACUGGACCUGCAGCCUUUACAGAGAAUCCAGCCAACUUGUCACCAACACUCGGAGAACUUAGAAAACCCACCAAAGGUGAGUGAUUCAGAGCCAAAUGACUCUCAAGGCAACCUGGGCUGUACUUCUCUCCUCGUAUCUGGCUCAUUUCAUCAGCCUGUUUUAAUUGCCCCACCUGUCUCCAAUUACAAUAUGAUUCCCAUCAGUGCUCUGGCUCAAUCAUCCACCCUGAGUAGUCAUGUGGAAACUACCCUACCUGAGAGAUCACUUGCUCAGGGGCAGGGUGCUAGUUGUACGCAACCACCGUUUUUACCUUCUAAAGAAAAUCCACUCUUUUCUUCCGGAUCCAUGACUUUCUGUUCAUCAGCUUCUAACCAGGGUCCACUUAAUUUGACUCGAGACAAAAUGAUUGAGGCAAUAUCAGAAAUAGCUGCUUCACCGCAGUCCCAACCUGUUCAUCCCCCUCUUUCAAGAAGCCAAUCAUUGAGUGGAGACAACCAUUCUACUUUUCAUGUUAAUUCACCGUCUUCUUCUCUUGUGGCUGCUUCUGUCUCUAAUUAUAAUCAAGCAUCCAAUUUUGAACUACUUGAUUUUUCUAUGCACCAAUCACAUGUCCAUAUCCAAGCGUCUGACCAACCUCCUUCUCUACAUGAAAUGCCUCCAUCUAGUAAUGGAUUUUACCUGCAGGUCACCAAAGAUGCUCAGCAGGGGGCAAAAGGGGGAGGAAAUGCCUCUGCCCAAAUCACAGCUUCAUUACCUACCCCACAGGUACCAUUAGCAAGUGCUAACAUGCAGCAAACUCUAAAUGAAUCUUCUCAGACAUCCGAUUCUCAGACUGCACAGAUAGGACAAAAAGAGGCUCAUUCUGUUCCUGUGAGUGGAGCACAACCUCCCCCUAGUCAAAGUUCAACUUUAGCACAAGGACCUACUGCAGGGAGUGCUCCUAUAUCUGCUUACCCUCCUGGGCCACAAGGGCCAGUACCUUCACGGACUUCCCAUCCAGCUUCAGCAGAGCCACCUCGACCACCUUCAACAGCAGGUAGCCAUCAAGGUGGCUAUGGACCUCCUCCUCCUGAGGCAGGACAGAUGUAUGGUGGUUAUUAUGGUAACUAUGGCGAAUAUUCGGAUAACAGAGCGUAUCCUCCAGGCCAAUACCCACCUCCAUCUAGAGAUCCCAGAGCACAGCCAUACUAUCAAGAUGGUUCAUACCGGGGCAGAGCAGAUCCCUGGUAUGGCAGAUAUGAAGGGCAGAAUCCAGGUUACCGUGAUCCAAACUAUCAAUACAGAGAACCACAAACAGAUCGGCCCAGCUCAAGGACUAGUCAGUACUCUGACAGACCCUCAUCAAGGCAAGGCUAUCCUGAUGAUUACCAACGAGCAAACCAAAGUGCCUACAGUGAUUAUUAUGCAGAAUAUCCCAAACACUAUGAUUAUGGAGGAUACAAUUAUGGAAAUUACGACCCACGAUACAGAGGAUACUACGAUCAUUCGUAUUGGUCAUAUUACAACGAAGCGUACAGAAACAACUACUAUAAUCAGCAAAUGUAUCCUGCCAGGAAAGAAGGAUAUGAUGAUCAGUGGCGGUACUAUCCUGGUUAUGAUGCCAGUUUUGAUGAUGAAAACCAACGUAGUAGAGACCCGUAUGGCGAUGAUUUUGAUCGACGCAGCGUACACAGCGAGAGGUCUGCACACAGUGUGCACAGCUCCCACAGUCAGCACAGCAGACGGAGCAGCUUCAGCUCACGAUCCCAACAGAGCCAGGUGUACAGGAGCCAACCUGACUUGGUAUCAGCAGCUUAUGACACCACAUCAUCCACUCUGGCUGUGGACUACUCUUAUGGGCAAUAUCCGAAUCAAACCGAUGCCUCACAAAACUACAGCCAGUACCCAUAUACAUCAGAAUACACUUCAGACAGUAACUGGGUUGCUCCUGAGCAACCUCCCCCUCGUCCUGCGACCCCAGAGAAGUUCACCAUACCCCACCGCUGUGCCCGAUUUGGACCUGGUGGUCAUCUGAUUCAAGUCCUGCCUAAUCUCCCCUCAGCUGGACAACCUGCUCUUGUCGAUAUCCACAAUAUGGAGACCAUGCUGCAGGACACCACAGAUCAGGCUGAACUGCGAGUUUUCCCUGGACCCCUUAUUAAGCAGGAGACCCAUAAGGUGGACGUCAUAAAGUUUUCUCAAAACAAAGCGCUGGAGUGUUCUCGUGACAACAACUUGUUGGACAGAGACUCUGCCCGCCUGCUCUGGGACUUCAUUGUGCUGCUCUGUAGACAGAAUGGGACUGUUGUUGGAACAGACAUCGCUGACCUUUUGUUGAAGGAGCAUCGCUCAGUUUGGCUUCCAGGCAAGAGUCCCAAUGAAGCCAACUUGAUUGAUUUUAACAAUGAACCUCUUGCACGGGCUGAAGAGGAGCCUGGAGCCGGACCGCUGUCGCUUCUGUCUGACACUUUUAUGAUUGUCCCUGAAAACGUUGGCAAGGAAACUGAACGUUUCAGGGAGCUGUUGCUGUUUGGCCGCAAAAAAGAUGCACUGGAAGCAGCCAUGAAGGGAGGUCUCUGGGGUCAUGCCCUGUUGUUAGCCAGUAAGAUGGACAACAGGACGCAUGCACGUGUCAUGACAAGAUUUGCCAAUAGUUUGCCUAUGAAUGAUCCUCUCCAGACAAUGUACCAGUUGAUGUCAGGAAGGAUGCCUGCAUCAGCCACUUGCUGUGGAGAAGAGAAGUGGGGUGACUGGCGUCCUCAUCUGGCCAUGGUGUUGUCUAACCUCACUCACAAUCUGAACCUGGAUACUCGCACAAUCACCACCAUGGGUGACACUCUUGCUUCUAAGGGGCUGACGGACGCUGCACAUUUCUGCUACCUUAUGGCCCAAGUUGGACUGGGAGUUUUCACAAAGAAGAGCACCAAGAUGGUUUUGAUUGGCUCAAACCACAGUUUGCCCUUUAUUCAGUUCGCUACCAAUGAAGCAAUUCAGAGGACUGAGGCCUAUGAGUAUGCUCAGUCUCUGGGCUCCCAGCCAUGUUCACUGCCCAACUUCCAGGUGUUCAAAUUAAUCUAUGCAUGCCGGUUGGCUGAGGCAGGCCUGUGCGCCCAGGCCUUUCAUUACUGUGAAGUCAUCUCAAAGUCUGUCCUUGUGCAUCCCUCGUACUACUCUCCUGUGUUCAUCAGCCAAGUCAUUCAGAUGUCAGAAAAACUUCGGUUCUUUGAUCCACAACUGAAGGAAAAACCUGAGCAGGAGUUGUUUAUUGAGCCUGAAUGGUUGAUUCGCCUCCGACAGUUGGAUGGACAGAUAAGGACUGGACUUAUCACUUACAAUGUGGACCGAUCGACACCUGCACAGUUUGACGGCAGCAGCGAAUGUUCUGACUUGGACCAACAGACUCCAUCUGAACCUUACAGCAUGCUGGGGGAAGUGGAUGGCCAUGCUCCUAAUAACCCUCUUAUGAGUUCAUUACUGCCAGGGCCUCCACCACAAGGAGUGCAGUUAAUGCCCCCAGCUCCCACUUCAAUUCUUCAAGACAAAAUGGCUCCUCCUCAGCCUUUACUCUGUAAUGAUGCGCCACAGGUUUACCCAGUACCCCUUAGUGGACCACCAGGCCAGGUCCCUAUGCCAGGAUUUCAUCCACAAGAUCCUGGCCUUGCCCCUCCCCCCUUCCAACCUCAAUCUGAGCAGUUGGAGGUCUAUCCAGGAGCCCAUCAGCAACAUUUUCCUUCUUCACAAGAGGGACAAAUGUCACCACACACAUUUCCUUCACAGGUGCCACAUUCACCUAUACAGAUGAUUCCCCUACCGUUACAAAUGCCGCAGCACAUGCCACCUUCUCCUAGCCACAUGCCACCUAUGGAGCAGCCUUCCCUGGCUCCUCCAGAGAUGCACAGUGCUCAUCAAAUCUCAACGUCCCCACCCAGGAGCUCCUUCACACCUCAGAUGGACUUGUAUGACCAUAUGGCUAACAUGGCUCCUGGCAGAACUCGAACAAUUUCACAGUCUUCAAUGCAUAUGGCAUCGGGACGCAGCUCUCGCAGAGCAUCAGAGUCGUCAACUCACUCUGGUGGAAGAGAGCGAAGCAACUCUGCUGUGAAACAGGUGUCUCCGCCGCCUCCCUCGAUUCCUGAACAGCCACGUAAAGAAGAGGCCAAGAAAGCCAAGAAAGACUUGCCUGAAAAGAAAAGCUGGUUAUUUUGGCCCUUUGGAAAGAGGAAAAAUGAGGCUCACUUGCCAGAUGACAAAAAUCCCUCUAUUGUGUGGGAUGAAAAGAAGAACAGAUGGGUUGACUUGAAUGAACCUGAAGAGGAGAGUAAGCCCCCUCCUCCACCUCCCACUGGUUUUCCUAAGAUGCCUGGUCCUGGAGGGCCCACUGCUCCACCAAGUAGUGGUGCACCUGUCAACAUUUUUUCCAGGAAGGCAGGUACCAGGAGCAGAUAUGUGGAUGUUCUGAACCCGAGUAGAACCGUCAAGCCAAGCGGAGGCGCCCCUCCAGUGGACAUUUUUGCUCCUUUGGCACCAAUGGCCAUGCCUGCUAACCUGUUUGUGCCUAAUUCAGCUCCUGAUGAUCUACAACCUCUGGAGGGAAGUGAGGGAGGAACUCAGGAGCAGAAUUCACCAAACUCCACCGCUGCUCCACAGAUGUUCAACCCAACUUUGUUACCACCAGCCUCAGAAGGUCCUCCUUGUCCUGAUGGUUCUCAGUCUGGGGAGCUGUCACGUUCUAGCUCAAUGAGUUCUUUAUCACGUGAAGUGAGUCAGCAUUUUAACCAGAAUCAUCCUGUCCAGGGACCUCCACCUGCCGGAGGCGUCACUUUUUAUAACCCUGCACAGUUUGCACAACAGACAAGUGCACCAUCGGGAGGUGGACUACGUUCUGGCCGUUUGGGCGGUCAGCGCCAGUACCCAGUGUUGAAGUAAACAUCAUCCAAGGAAAAGAUUGUCAACAGCCUCGCUGGACAAACUGAGACUCAGAGGAAAUGAAGCACAUGGACAUACUGCUCUGUCUUAAGGACUCUUCUUUUUGCCUUUACACAAGAGGAGCUUCAUCACAUCAUGAUGGUCUUCGUCCAGCUUAACCACUAUUCUUUUCUUUUUUUAAGGCCCAGUAGAUGUCACUGGUGUUGUGUUUUGAGCACAGUGUCUUUGAAGGGCUUAUUCCUGCAACCAAACAGGAAAACUUGUAGAAAAAUAAUUUUUAUCCUGUGCUUAUCCACGAUACACAAACUGUGUUGGCAUAAUUUAGUGUACGAUAAAUGUGUUGCUCCAUUAAAGCUGCCAGCAUCCCCUUAAAAUUCACUGGUAAGAUCAUCUCGUCUUGUUUUACGCUUCUGUUUGAGCUCCAGAUGUCUGGGUGUGUGAAGGAUAGAAAGAAAGUGGCACCUUUUAUUUUCAUAAUGUAGACUUGUAUGUGCAGCUUUUUUUUUUUUUUUUAUUUAUCUGGAAGUGGCAAUUAGUGUGAGAAUGAUUUGUGUCAACGUGCUUUGUGUUAGCUUUUUUGUUUCACUCGCCCUUCAAGAAAAGAAGCAUGAGACAGAAAAGUUUUAGGACGCUGCUUGUUUCACGUAUUUAUUUAAAUGUAAUUUUGUUCUCCCCCCCCAUUAGCCGAUCACCUUCAAAGAUGUCACGGUCUUUGUCCACAUUUAUCUCAAAACUUUGAGCAGAGAAAUUGAAAGUGAAGCAGUGGUCAGAGCAGCAGAAGCCAGGGUUAAAGAUGCAUUUUAAACAAGAAAAUGAAGCUAUUC